AUGGGCUCUAUCCACGGUGAAACUCCCCCCUAUCUACCAUUCCGCUUGGAUGGCAAGGUUGCCCUCGUCACCGGCUCUGGCCGGGGUAUUGGGGCAGCCAUGGCAGUUGAGCUUGGGCGUGCGGGUGCCAAAGUCAUAGUCAACUAUGCCAACUCCCGUGAGCCAGCAGAAAGCAUCGUGCAGGAGAUCAAAUCCUUGGGAUCAGACGCCAUUGCACUGCAGGCGGAUGUACGAGACGUCUCCCAGACAAUUCGACUCUUCGAUGAAGCUGUGGCGCACUACGGUGCCCUCGAUAUUGUGUGCUCAAAUGCCGGAGUUGUCUCUUUUGGACAUCUUGCAGAAGUGACAGAGGAAGAGUUUGACCGCGUGUUCGUGAUCAAUACCCGGGGUCAGUUCUUUGUCGCCCGUGAGGCCUACAAGCACCUCAAUGAGGGCGGCCGCAUCAUUUUGAUGAGCUCCAACACGAGCAAGGAUUUCACCGUUCCCAACCACUCGGUGUAUUCCGGUUCCAAGGGAGCCAUUGAAUCUUUUGUACGGGUGUUCGCCGUCGACUGUGGCAAGAAAAAGAUCACCGUCAAUGCUGUUGCGCCCGGGGGCACUGUCACUGACAUGUUCUACUCGGUUGCUAAACACUACAUCCCAAACAGCGAGGAAAUGUCUGAUGCCCAGUUAAAAGAUAUGGCUGCCCAUGCGUCACCCCUUGUCCGCAACGGGUACCCAGUUGACAUUGCACGGGUCGUUGUCUUCCUGGCGAGUAAGGAGGAUAAUGAGGUCCAGAACGCUCUAAAAGCGAUGUUCUUCUACGUAUUUCUUGUCGACCUGUAA